AUGGCCGACGAGAUCGCCCCGGAGUACGAUGUCAUUGUGCUGGGCACUGGGCUGACUGAGUGCAUCCUGUCGGGUGUGCUGAGUGUCAAGGGGAAGAAGGUCCUGCACAUUGACCGCAACGACCACUAUGGCGGGUGCGUGCAUCGCUUCUCCAUGAUCUCUCCUUCUCUUCAGAAGUAUGGUAACUAUGCCCAGGGUACCGAGCCCUGGAAGCAGUACGGCCGCCUGAACGACUGGAACAUCGACCUGGUGCCCAAGUUCCUCAUGUCUUCGGGCGAGCUCACCAACAUCCUCGUCUCGACCGACGUCACACGCUAUCUGGAGUUCAAGCAGGUCGCUGGCAGCUACGUCCAACAGGGCGCCGGGUCCAAGGCCACCGUCGCCAAGGUGCCCUCGGACGCUGCCGAGGCCCUCCGCUCGCCCUUGAUGGGUAUCUUUGAGAAGCGCCGCAUGAAGUCCUUCAUCGAGUGGGUCGGCUCUUUCGAGCCCAAGGACCCGAGCACGCACAAGGGUCUCGACAUGAGCACCUGCACAAUGAAGGAGGUUUAUGACAAGUUUGGCCUCGAGGCCACCACCAAGGAUUUCGCCGGUCACGCCAUGGCCCUCUACCAGACCGACUCGUACCUCGAUGUUAAGGGCGGUGCCCCCGAGGCAAUCGAGCGCCUGCGUCUGUACGGUAACAGUGUGGCCCGCUAUGGCAAGUCGCCCUACAUCUACCCGCUUUACGGUCUGGGUGAACUGCCCCAGGGUUUCGCCCGUCUCAGUGCCAUCUACGGCGGCACCUACAUGCUCAACACGAGCGUUGAGGAGCUUGUGUACGAAGGUGACAAGGCCGUCGGCAUCAAGGCCACCAUGCGUGGUGUUGACCCCGAGAUGGAGUUCGAGACCAAGGCCAAGACCAUCAUCGGUGACCCCAGUUACUUCCCCAACAAGGUCCGCGUCGUCGGCCACGUCCUGCGCGCCAUCUGCAUCCUGAAGCACCCCCUCGCCAGCACCAACGACAGCGACUCGUGCCAGAUCAUCAUCCCGCAGUCGCAGGUCGGCCGCAAGAACGAUAUCUACAUCGCCUGCGUCUCCUCCGCUCACAACGUCUGCCCCAAGGGCUACUGGAUCGCCAUUGUCUCUACCAUCGCCGAGACUACGGCCAACCACCACCUCGAACUAGCCCCCGGUAUCGAACGCCUUGGCCGUAUCGAGGAGCAGUUCAUGGGCCCACCCAUCCCGCUCUACGAGCCCCUCGAGGACGGCACCAAGGACAACCUCUUCAUCUCCAAGAGCUACGACGCCAGUAGCCACUUCGAGACCACCACCGACGACGUUCAGGAUAUCUACCGCCGCGUGGCCGGCGAAAAGCUCGUGGUCAAGGGGCUGCGGGAGGGAAUCCAGGUUACCAAGGAGGAGUAA